CCCACCCCCAUCUGCUCCGCCCUUCCCUCUAAGGUGCUGCUGCUCUCCUUCCGCCUUGGGUGCGAGGCGCCUGUCUCUCCCCUCCCCCACCCCGCCCGUGGCUUGGCGCCGGUGCCGCCAACAGCGAGACUGAGCCCGUCUGGGAGCGAGCCUCAGAAGCAGCUCAGAAUUCUACCCUGUCAGAAAUCCUUCUGGAUCCUGAUUCUGCCAUCCAGAGUGCUAGCUACACCACCUCAUUCUGGUAAGCAAACUGAAAGGAAGCCAGAGAAGUGAAGUCACACCAGUAGAGCCCAGAUUCUAACGCAGGUCAAGUAAUCAUGCCUCAAACAGACAAGCAAAUAUGCAUCCCCCCGGAGCUUCCAGAAUUGCUGAAGCAGUUUACCAAAGCUGCCAUCCGGACCCAGCCUUCGGAUCUAAUCCAAUGGGCUGCCGACUAUUUUGGGGCCAUGUCCCGUGGAGAGAUUCCUCCAGUGAGAGAGCGAUCUGAGCGAAUCCCACUGUCUAAUUGGGCUGAACUCACACCUGAACUCCUAAAGAUCCUGCAUUCUCGGGUGGCCGGAAGGCUGAUCAUACAUGCCGAUGAACUGGCCCAGAUGUGGAAGGUGCUGAGUCUCCCAACAGAUCUAUUUAACAGUGUGAUGAAUGUAGGUCGCUUCACUGAAGAGAUUGAAUGGCUCAAGUUUUUAGCUCUGGCUUGCAGUUCUCUUGGAGUUACCAUAGCCAAAACCCUCAAGAUUGUAUGUGAAGUUUUAUCAUCUGAACAUGAUGGCGGACCUCCCCGAAUCCCUUUUAGCACUUUUCAGUUUCUUUACACAUAUAUUGCUGAAGUAGAUGGGGAGAUUUCAGCGUCCCACGUCAGUAGAAUGCUGAACUACAUUGAACAGGAAGUAAUUGGUCCCGAUGGUUUAAUCAAGGUGAAUGACUUUACCCAAAAUCCCAGGGUACGGCUGGAAUAAAAAUGCAUUCCAGCAAUUUUAAAGGAAGGAAGAUACAGAGAUAAUUGUGCUUCAGAAUGACUGCACCCCAUACAACAUCCAAUGUCAAUUUUCUUGUACAACUGGUACACUAAUAAACAAUUAGGCAAACAUA